AAGUAGAAUUGAAAAGGAAGAGAAAAACAGCGGAAAUGGCAAGUUCUUAGCUGAUAUGCUGCAACAUAGGAGGAGUCUUUUAGAGCAUCAUCGGCAGCUGCGUGAGUUCACGAGGCGGACGGCAUUCAGCUGUCUGGAAAAAUUGGGAGCUAAGAAGCGUGAGGAGAUGGGAGAGGCUGAUACUGACCCAAUGCAAAGGGAAAGGAUGCAGGCUCUGAGGUCUCAGGACGAAGAGGCAUACCUCCGCCUGCUAGGGGAGUCGGGGAACACAAGACUGGCCCGGCUGAUAGCCCAGACCACUGAGUUCAUUGAAAGGCUCGGUGACAGGGUUCUUGAGCAGAAGAAGGCGGCGGUUGCUGCUGAUGAUGCUGUUGAUGAUACUGUAUUGGAGAAUCAGCUGGAGCAUAUGGAGGAGGAGGAAGAGUUGGGUUCCUCGAAGCAUUCAUUGAUACAAGCUAAGGAGAGAUACUUUCGUCUCACUCAUACAGUACAAGAGCAUCUCACUGAACAACCUAGUAUUCUCGCGGGAAGAGGCCGCAAGCUUCGUGACUAUCAACUGAAGGGCGUGGAGUGGCUUGUCUCAUUAUUCAAUAACAAAUUGAAUGGAAUUCUCGCUGACAGUAUGGGCUUGGGAAAAACUGUACAGACCAUUUCACUGCUCGCUUACCUGCACGAACAUAAGGGUAUUCAAGGUCCGCAUAUGAUAGUAGCGCCUUUGAGCACGCUGAGGAGCAAUUGGGAACAAGAAUUUGAGCGGUGGUUGCCCUCGUUUAAAAUUGUCUUAUACGAUGGUAACAAACAGCAGCGAAAAGAACUGCGAGAAAGUGAAGCGUAUAUGCUGCCGUUCCAAGUGUUGUUGACUACCGAUGCAUACGUAUUACGCGAUAAGCAGUACCUUAGGAAGUUCGCAUGGGAGUAUCUUAUUGUUGACGAAGCUCAUCGGUUGAAGAAUCCCAAGUCCAAGCUUGUCCAAGUGCUGAACAAGCAGUACAUUACUAAGAGGCGUUUGGCGUUGACAGGCACGCCACUACAGAAUGACAUUCAGGAGGUCUGGGCUCUACUGAAUUUUCUUAUGCCCAGCAUCUUUGAUAACUCCGAUUCUUUCCAUAACUGGUUUGCUGGUUCAGAAGGUUCGGAGGCUAGCGGGGAGGAGAUAUGGGAGAGUAUAGGAGAGGAGGAGAAGCUCCUCGUGGUUGACAGGUUGCAUAAAGUCCUCCGACCUUUUGUGUUGAGAAGAGAUAAGAAUGAAGUGGAGGCGCAGCUCCCGAAGAAGACGGAGCAAAUUGUCUGGUGUGAAAUGACGAGCUCCCAGAAACGAAUGUACACAGAGAUAGAAUCUCGUGGUUUGGCACAUGCUCGAGGGGGUAGUCGUAAGGAGGAUGAGUCGCCUCCGGAAUACAUAUCGGUCGGUCAGAAUUUGCAGAUGCAGCUGCGAAAGGUGUGUAAUCAUCCGUAUCUGUUUUGCCAUGACAGUGACCUUCCCAUCGACGAGUCGUUGAUUCGGAUAUGCGGCAAGAUGAUGGCCUUGGAUGGUAUCUUGCCUAAACUGAGGGCGACGGGGCAUAGGGUGUUGAUAUUCUCGCAGAUGACGAAACUGUUGAAUAUUCUGGAACUGUAUCUCACAUUUAGGAAUUUCCGAUACCUACGACUGGACGGAAGUACGGGUGCUGAUGACCGCGAAAGAAGGAUUGAGCUUUUCAACUCCUCCAAUUCGAAUUACUUUGCGUUUAUUCUUUCUACUAGGGCAGGAGGUUUGGGGAUAAAUCUUCAGACUGCGGACACGGUCAUCAUCUUCGACUCGGAUUGGAAUCCUCAGAAUGAUGAGCAGGCUCAGAGUCGGGCUCAUCGGUUGGGUCAGAAGUCUGAGGUGCGCACUUUCCGCCUGAUCACGUUGAACAGCGUCGAGGAAGGAAUGUUACAGAAAGCGGGAGAAAAAAUGGAUCAAGAUGCGCUGGUCAUCCGUCAUGGUAUGUUCAACGAUCGCGGCAAUAGGGAGGCGGAGGCUCAAAGGAGAGACCGACUGCGAGAGGCACUGCAUAACUCGGGAAUAGAGGUGGACACCAUAGCGACCGACGAUUAUCAUCUAAACCAAAUUCUUGCCAGGACCCCGGAAGAAUUUGAUUUUUAUGAGGCAGUUGAUGCACGCCGUGAGGAACUCGGCUUGCGAUCGCCGGACCUGCAGUUGGACUCAUCGACGCAGACUGAGAAGCUUCCAGUUGGUGAGUUCAUCACAACGGUGGUGAUUGGUUCGACUGUGACAGUUCUAGUGGUCGGUGUAUAG